GUACUGGAGACAUCCUGAUGGGGUCGCUAUGUCGGCACGCCGGGGCAAGGUCACAUCGUGUACAGUUCUGCCGUACUCGCCCCUCACGCUUUCUGCUGGAGCAGCCUCUUCCCUUCCUUCCCUCUCUACUUACUGCCGCACAGCCAUGGCGGACAGCGCGAGCGAGAGCGACACCGACGGAGCGGGGAGCAGCUCGGCCACCCCGAUGUCAUCCUCCGCUUCAAAUUCUGGGAAACCAAGUAUAGUCAUUUCACAGUUUCGCCUGGAGGAACUGACGAACCGUCUUGCAUCGUUGCAGCAAGAGAACAAAGUUCUGAAAAUUGAGCUUGAGACGUUUAAACUAAAGUGCAAAGCCCUGCAGGAGGAGAAUCGGGACCUCCGCAAAGCUAGCGUAACCAUUCAAGCAAGAGCCGAGCAGGAGGAAGAGUUUAUCAGCAACACUUUGUUCAAGAAGAUCCAAGCUCUCCAGAAGGAGAAGGAGACCUUGGCAGUCAACUAUGAAAAGGAGGAAGAAUUUCUGACGAAUGAACUGUCGAGGAAACUUAUGCAACUCCAGCAUGAGAAGGCGGAGCUGGAGCAGCACUUGGAGCAGGAGCAGGAGUUCCAGGUCAACAAGUUGAUGAAAAAGAUUAAGAAAAUGGAGAAUGAAACCAUCUCGAAGCAGCUAACCCUGGAACAGUUGAGGAGGGAGAAGAUUGACCUCGAGAACACAUUAGAGCAAGAACAGGAAGCCCUCGUCAACAGGCUGUGGAAGCGCAUGGAUAAACUGGAGGCAGAGAAAAGAAUUCUUCAAGAAAAGUUGGACCAGCCCGUAUCGGCUCCUCCAUCUCCCAGAGACGUUUCCAUGGAAAUAGACUCACCGGAGAACAUGAUGCGGCAUAUCCGCUUCCUGAAGAACGAGGUGGAGAGACUCAAGAAAAGCCUGCGCACCACAGAGCUGCAGCACACAGAGAAGCGUGCGCAGUACAUAGAGGAGGAGCGGCAGAUGCGGGAAGAGAACAUUCGAUUGCAGAGAAAGCUUCAGAGGGAAAUGGAGCGCAGGGAGGCGCUGUGCCGGCAGCUGUCAGAGAGCGAGUCCAGUCUGGAGAUGGAUGAUGAGAGGUACUUUAAUGAGAUGUCUGCACAAGGCCUGCGAGCGAGGACCGUGUCCAGCCCCAUCCCCUACACUCCUUCCCCCAGCUCCAGUCGACCCAUAUCACCUGGGCUCUCGUAUGGGACUCACACAGUCGGCUUCACCCCUCCAGCGACGCUGUCCAGAGCUGCCAUUUCCCACUACAACACCCCCGCCCUGCACAUCCACGGAAGCUCCUCUCAUGCCGUAACAAGGCCCUCCCCAAGAAGAAGCACCAGUCCCGACAAAUUCAAACGUCCAACGCCUCCGCCCUCUCCCAACACGCACUCAGGGGCCCAGCAGGCUCAGCCGCCACUCCCCCCACCAGCCCAGCCCAUGGUCCAGUCCAUGUCCUCCCCAGCAGCCAUGUCACAGCAUGCAGCGACAGCACCACCGCAACAGCCUCCCUCCCAGCCUUAACGCCGCACACACACACGCGCGUGCACGCACACACACACACACGAAGUCUCUUUGUUUCUGCGCAUGACUGCGCAUUGAAUGCCACGAUGCUACCGCUGCAACUUCCAUCAUUACCAGCUCUGGAAGUGAAGUUUCUUACUCUUAACAAAAGUCCACAAGACGCAGCUUCUGAUGUUUCGGAGGGAAAAGGAAACAAGAAGGCAAACUUGGCCUCAGUGACGGCAGCAGCCUGCCAAACCCACAUGUGGCGUUAUUUAGCUACUCUCAAGAGGAGUGGAUGGAUUUCAGAAUGAAAGCUUCUGGGAUUUGUAGGAUAAUUGUUCCACCCUCUGUCUCGUACCUGUUAUGUUCUUUGUUUGGGACUCUAGCUGGUUGGAGUUGUUGUGGCGCUUCUAAGAUAGCACAAACGGCACAGUUAGUGUGUUUCAUGGUGGUGUUUUAUUAUAGGUUGGAUGUUUGGAUCAGUGGAUGUACAGCUAGAGAACUGGAUGGAUUGAUAGAUGGUUAUUUUUUUUCAUGCCUAUAAUACGACAUAGCAGUAAUUUCCUGCACUCCAGUUCUCCCCUGUUGUCUUCUAAGCCGUGUCAUCAUGACUCCAAGUUAAUUGUGGCUUUGAUUAGGUCCUCAUAAAGUGUCGUGGAAGGAUGUUCUCCGUUAACAGGGCAUUGGAUCAAAACAGAACCUGCAAUGCAGUUAUUUUAGUUCCCGAAAGCCUUGAGUUUAAAACGAAAGUUUAAAAAGAAAAGAAAGAAAAAAAAAAAAAAGCAUCCAUGAAGAUGGACACUGGUACAUAAACCAGAGAUAAAUGUCACCAAAUAUAGUCCAAGGUGUUAAAGCUUAGUCAUGUACUCAGUCUUCUCUCUGAUCUCUCUAUCUGGUGUAUUUCUGAAAGCUUCUAUCAUCCUAAUGGAUAUUUCUCAUCAGAAAAAAAAAAAAAAGCAUAAAUCUCUUUACACUAAAUAUACAUACUGCUAAAGCAUUCUGACUGAAUGGUACUGUUGACUAAAUUUCUAUGUAUGAUUAAAGCUCUUGACAUGA